CUAUUGCCUAUCUUUCAGCCGCACGCGCGUGGAACUCGAAGCGGGUAUAUUGCCUUUCACACAAACGCGGCAGAGGUUCAGUUGUCGAUCCUCUGUCCCUUUAGUCGACUUACAGCCAAGCUUAGAGGUACUGCAAACAUCAACGGCAUUUGCUGUACACUCCUUGCAAUGCACCGGAGUCGGAGAGAACCGGUGACCGACCUCCCGUCGAUUUUCCCCAGUUGGACGUUUUGGUCGAAAUGCCACAGAGCUAAAAAAGAAAAGAAAAAGUCACACAAUUCCCGUGGCACCAAUUCUCAGCCCCCAACCGAAAGGCCUACUGCUAUCUGA